CUGCUUCGAUUUUUUGUGCUAUUACUUUCAAUGUCGGCAUUUAUUUCUUCACUUUUUUACGAAGUGAUGGACUGAGUUUUUGACUUUUGACAUCGUGUAUUUUUUUCCACUGACAAGUUUGGCCAGAGUGAAUUUUGAAAUACAUAGGCUUGGUAGCUCUUGGACCAGACUACGGACAAUGCAUAGGGCUCUCCAGCUGUAAACAUUAUGAGAGAUGUGUGCGAUUAUGUUUUGAAGGGAGGGGCUUACGCUUUGUAGUAGCCUAUUAUUGAAUACUGUGGAGCAGACGGAUCCGAAAGCCGAUUCUAUCUCUCUACAUUGACUGGCCUGCUUCGUGGUUGUUUGCUAACCAGGUGAAUCAACAAUAGUUUACUUUGUGAACUCAAUAGAUUUAAGACCCCCCUCCUCCUCAACGUGGAACAGGCCGAGGCUGGAGUGACCGACAGACUGACUGGUGCUCAGAUUCUCUCUCUCUCUCUCUCUCUCCAGGGCGUAACCAUGGAUGACGACUUUGACCGGCGCCGAGAGCUCAGGAGGCAGAAGAGGGAGGAGAUGCGCCUGGAGGCUGAGCGGAUGGCCUUCCAGGGUAGUAAUGAGGAUGAGGAGGAGGCUGCGAGGGAGCGUAGACGCAGGGCGCGUCAGGAGAGGAUGAGAGGGAUGGGAGGCGAGGAGCCCGGUGACAGCGUGGUGAUGACCAACAGCCAUAGUGUGACAGAGACUGUGUCUGUGUCCUCCUCCUCUAUGACCUCCUCGGGUGGAGGAGACGAUGAUGAGCAGGCCUUGCUGGAGCGCAUGGCCAAACGAGAGGAGCGCAGGCAGAAAAGAUUGAUGGAAGCUCUGGAGCGAGAGAAGGAUCAGAACCCCGGCAAUGACGGUAACCACGGCAGCGGGGAGAAUACUGUGGAGGAGAGGUCCGUCGGCCGCAGGGGCCGUUACCAGGACAACGAAGAAGAGGUGGAAGAGCGGAACUGCCGAAAGGAGGAGGAGGGGGAGGCUGCUCCGGAGGAGGAAGAGGCUGAGCAGGGAGAAGAAGAAGCGGAGGAAGAGGAGAAACCGAGACGGUCCUAUAUGAGAGAACAGGAAUCCAUUGACGAAAAAACUCGAAAUGAGGUGAAUGAAAAGCAGAAUGGAGGUCUGCACGAGGAGACUCCUCAAAAACACAAAAAAACUGAAAGGACCCUGAGCCGCGGCAGCGUGCGUUCCCCGGAGGCGGGGGCUGAGGAGCAGGACGACACGGCGCACCUGGAGGCGGAGCUUAAGCUGGAGGAGCUGAAGCGCCGCCGUGACGAUGCGGAGAGCGAGGAGUUCGAGAGGAUGAGACAGAAGCAGCAGGAGGCUGAGCAGGAGCUGGAGGAGCUGAAGAAGAAGAGGGAGGAGAGGAGGAAGAUCAUAGAAGAGGAGGAGAGACAGAAGAAACAGGAGGAGGCCGAGAAGAAGGCCAGAGAGGAGGAGGAGAAGAGGAGGAUGAAGGAGGAGAUAGAGAGGAGGAGGGCGGAGGCGGCCGAGAAGAGACAGCAGAUGGGGGUGGAGACCGUCGACGCAGAGGCCAAACCCUUCAAAUGCUUCAGUCCCAGAGGAUCCUCCCUCAAGAUUGGUGAAAGGGCAGAGUUUCUGAGCAAGUCGGCACAGAAAAGCACGGUGAAGACGACUCACUCUCCUGUCAUCUCUAAGAUUGACAACAGACUGGAGCAGUACACCUCUGUUGCCCAGAACAAGGAUAUGCGGUCCCCACGCUCCGGUGCCGUGGACCUGCCCAUGGUGACAGAUGGGAUACGCAACAUUAAGAGCAUGUGGGAGAAAGGCAGCGUGUUCAACUCGCCCGGGGGCGGCGGGGGCACGUACAAGGAAGCAGCUGGGAUGAAGAUAGGUGUGGCGGGCCGCAUCAACGACUGGCUGAAUAAAACCCCCGAGAGCAAAACGCCGGGAGGAAGGCCCGCGGACCUAAAGCCAGGAGAUGUGACCAACAAGAGAAGUCUGUGGGAAAACAAGGGCUCCUCCCCAGCCAAGGUGACUGGCAGAGGGGAGAAUAAAUCUGUCGCCAACGCAGGUAUGGGACACGAAUGAUACAAAGAGCUUCUUCUGAUGGCUGGUGGGGACCAAGACAAUCCAAGACUCUUCCUUUUCUAUGUGUAUUAUACCAAAAGAAUAUGACCACCACACUGAGGGACCCCAAGGAAUGGAGAGAAACAGGAGAUUCUAUUUAAUAAGCACUGUACUGAAACGAACAGCCACCAUCUCGUACCAUGACAGUGUAGUGCCUUUGCACAACGAUUUACUAUGACUUACUUUCACAACAAACAAACAAAAGAAUAUGCUGUGAAAUUUGGAGGUUUUAUGAUAUGGUCAUUUUGUUUUAUGUUAUAAGCAAAAACUUACAGAAGAAAAAAAAACUUAAUUGAAAUUAGAUAUAUUUCCCAUGCGCUCUUCAGUACAUGUGUAGUUUUGAUAUAGUGAGAAAUGUUUUUAUAUGAGGUUUCCAGUUCCACAAUCAUAUCCGUGUUCCAAAGAGAGACAUCUACCACCAAUGCUCUGUCCAUGUCGUCCAUCUCACUUUUUUUAUUUAUAUUUAAAGCAAAGCUUCACACAUAGCUAUUUUAUUCAUGUUCACCAGUUCAGGAGAGAGAUUAUACGGACUCCGUAGAUUUGGCUUAUUUCACUUUUUUUGUCUUACCAAUAGUGCAACAAUGGUCUGAGUUAAUAUAUGUUAGCACAUAAGUUCAUGUCGUUAUGAAUAUUAUACUGUAUCUUCUAUUACAGCUUUAUACUCAAGAUUUGUUUCGCUUUUGUACUCUAAAAUUGAGUGACUACCAACCGACAAGAGGCAAUGAAAGGCAGUGCAAGCAACUAAAGGAAAGUUGUAUAUUAAGACGGCUAUUAUAACGUUUAUUAUGCUAGUUUCAAUUUAUUUAUGUUUUUUUAUGUGUUUUGUCAUUGGCUGUCUUUGUAGCUUUUGUACCUGCUGUUUGAAUCUCUAAUUCACUUUGUUAAACUUUCAAACAACCCACAAUGCAGCAGGUGUACUUAAGAGUUACAUCCUCAUCUUAGAGACUCUCUGAUCCACAACAUUCCACACCACUAAGCACGCGCACGCCGCCGGGCUUAUUCACGUACAUGCUCCAAUGGAUUCUAUUUAGGAGGUAAAGGACCUCAGCUUUGUCAGUGAGUUUGUCUGAAUAUGGCAUGCCAGAUACACAUUUAUACACUAUGCCUGUACCUUGAGACGGCAUCGGUUUAAGCCGUAUGUCGCCUUGCCAUUUAAGCCCAAAUCCGAUGUACUAACUAUAGGACUCUGAAAGAACGGAAAGUGCACAUUUCGAUAUUGACGAGGAUUGAGUCAGUCAAAAGAAGACAGAUUUUGACUCCAGCCAACAAUUGCGCUUGACGCUUGUUCUGGGUUUGAGUUUUCCUAAAAGUUCCAUAAUGGUAUGUAAGAUCGUGUUUACAGCAUAAAUCCUUUACAUACAACGGUCUCAAGGCCUUGUUUUUGCGUGUAAUAAACUGUACCUUACACGUUGCCAACUCAGUUUGACUUCAGCUGUUUCCUUCUUUUUUUUUAACCGUUUCAUUAUUGAUGUUCUAUGUUUCACAUUUCGUUCAUUCAUUUUGCAUGACAUGCUUUGAUAAUAUGGGUAUUAAAUAAAGGUUAGCAGGGGCAUUGUAAGAUUGUUCUGUGUAAACCUUGACAAUCACAUUCCAUGACUCCUUAGAACGACAAGCAAUGGAGUCUGACCAAAAUAUCUUAACAUUAUUUUACAUUGCUGUUAUUUCAUAUUUUGGUCAUUUGCUUUUUUUGUCCAUUUUGAAAUUGUAUUUUGAUUUCAAACACCCUCAUUUAUUGUGUAGAGUUAACUAUGCAAGGCACUCUAUCUGUCGUUUCAGAUACAACUUUGUUAUAGUAGUGGGUAGUUUCCUACAGAAUGAAUGUUAUGAAAUAUUUGUACCGUUGACUCAACAACAGCAAUAAAGAGAUAUAAAUUGUU